UAGCCGCUUUACAUGUUCUGCCGAUCUGUCAGCAUCUGACGUCAUUAACUAUGCAGAUCGAGAUGGACAGACUGAGAAUUUCUGCUGGUCUGGCUUUGUUACUGGAAUCGACGACUUCGCUUCGAAGGCUCACACUGUUCGUCGGUACGGGCGCCGAGGUUAAAGCCGGCGACGAUAGCCGGUGGUGGUUGCUCGUGCUCGUAGCUUUGUCUCACAGUGAUAGCCUGCGGGAGCUAUCCGUUACGUUGCUUGAUGUGAGCGAUCAAAUCAGGGCGACGCUUGCCGAAUCCGUUAGACUAAGCGGAAGCAUAAGGUGUGUCAUAUAUGACGAUUUCGGCGAGGACGCCACCGUAUUCGUGCGUCGCCUUUCGAAGGAUAUUUCCAAGAACUACACUCUGCUGAGCGUAGAUUGCGAGGGUCACGUGGACGCUGACUUCUUGGGAGACUGGCUCACUGUCCAAGAGACGACGCGGAGGAACUCGAGCCUUGUGGCCCGAGCUGCUCGACUACUGAAGGCCUCACUUUAUGACAGGUACGUCAGUGGAGCGCUGGAGCGAGUCUCCUUGUACCCGGCACUGCUGGACGAGGUUGCGGAGCAGGUCAAAAGGGACAAAGCUGAGCUCAUGAGCCUUGUGCGAGACCGCCUGAGGGGAACGAACACCUUGGACGGGUUCAUGCGGUUCGCAGGAGUCGUGAGGGAGAGCGUUGUCUGCCAUCCUUCACAAGACGGCCGCAUGCAACUGGAUGACUUGAACGAAGACUGCUGGAUGUACGUGCGGCGAUACCUAUUCAUCGACGACGUCAAGGAGGCCAUCGGGCCAACCUAAGACCAUGAACUCUAAUGAGGAAAUAGACGACCACGACGCGUUGGCAAUGCCACCAGCACUGCAGUGAGCUGGUGCGAGACCGCCUGAAAGGAACGAUAUCCUUGGACGGAUUAAUGUUGUACGCAGGAGUCGUGAUGAGGGAGAGUUGUCUGCCAUCCUUCCGACGAAGACCGCAGGCAAGUGGAUUCCCUGAAUGAAGACUGCUGGAGACAUAUUCAACGAUGCAUGUUCAUCGACGACGCCAAAGGCGGCAUUUGGCCCCCUAGAAAUCUUUGAGCCACAAGGCGAAAUUAUAGGACAACCAUCUGUUUCUGUACAUGCAAAACUAUUCUGAGCGUUCAUGACAAUAGUGGCUGAUCUCAGCAGAGUUGACAGGUGACAUUGUGCUUGGGUGUUAACUGUUUAAGAGCACUAAAUAAAUAUUUUGGAA